AGUAUUUUCGACCAGAGAAAAGUCAAUGAAAGCGGGAGGCGGGAGGCAACCGCCCGAUUUUCAGAGACUUUUGUGCGGAACAGCCACUGCAUCGUCACGAACAGGAUACCUCGUGCCUGCCCUUGUCGUCAAAAUCUCUUUGGUCAAAAACAUGGGGAUGCCUGCCGUGAAGUCUCAAUGUAUGGCUGCCGUGUUCCAACUGCAGACCAUACCGCGCCCCAGUGAUGCGGUGCGUACACAUGGAAUUCUUCCUAGUCACGGUCCGGUUCGUGUUUGGCUUAGCCUAGUUUAGCCGCGCAAGCGCUGCCAGCGCGCGAGGCCCUUACGGCACCUUCAGCAGCCUGUUCAUCCUUUGACAGGUGUCGUUCCAAUUUCCCACUUAUGAGUGUCGAUGCUGGUCUCAAUGUUGCUCAGUUUCUGGCCACACAGCAGAGCAUCAUCAUCGGCCACCAUUGCACUCUCUCUGCGUUGACAUUGCUUCUCUUCGACGUCGCUAUCACGCUGGAUCGUGAGGUGGAAUUGAUCUGGAGGCGGAAGACCACUGGAGCCUCCGUCCUUUUCAUACUCACUAGGUACCUCUCGCUGGCGGCCUAUGGCGUCCGAUCAAUUUUGAUGGCUCACUUAUCGUGCGGGAGCUACUCGGCACUCUCCAUCUUAGCUCAAGCAGUGACGUAUCUACAGUACUUACCCUGGGCUGCAUUCUCGGCAUUGCGUGUGUUUGCCUUGAGUGAAGAAGCCUAUAGAUGGCCCACAUCGAUUGUUGUCUUCGUGCUAUCUUCCUUGAUAUUCGGAAUGAACUUCGCACGACUACACUGGCUCGCUCCUGUCCACAAUAGUGCAAUAGGCACUAGUUGUGCCGUAUUUGGAGUCGUCAUGCCUUCGGAGAUUAACAAAGUGUUCUCAACUGUGCCGCGUGCUUGCCUCAUAGCUGCCGAUGUCAUCGUCAUAUUUACAACAUGGCAUGCGACGUACCGUACUAGGGCAACGGUCCGCAAUGCAUUCGCACCCAUUAGCAGCCGAAGAACCUUGUCAAGUAUUCUUCUGCGAGAAGGGACCUUGUACUUCGUUGUGGUGCUCGUAAUGAACAUCAUCUACCUCGUACUCACGAUGCAACGUAGUCAAGUGGACGUCGUCACACAAGUCAGCUACGUCGUAGAGAUCACAGAGCCUAUGACGGCGAUUCUGAUAUCGAGAUUCAUUCUGAACCUGCAAGAAGUCGACCGCCGCCCUCUAGACAUCUCGCUCUCGACGACAUAUACAUGGUCACAUGCUAAAUCCGACGAUAUAGUUCUGACCAGCCGUAUAGUUGGAUCGAUGGGGUCUUCGCUGUUGUCUUUGACCGUAGACGAAGAUGAGCGUCACGGGGGUGUUUAUGACAAUAGCAAUCACAGUUUAUGACGCACAACGGAUCACUCAUUUGACAUUUGUUAGGCACUGCAGGCUAUCUUCGCACUUGUAUCAUAGUCAGGUUCAC